AUGAUUUUCAUACUUUCGUGUUUGGAAGUGGAUGCUUUUUGUUUAGAUUAUACUCAGCGUGAUGGCUACUACUCUCCAUCAUGUUAUCUUUGCAGCUUACACAUACUAUCAUCAACUGUGCAACUUAUAUGCAAGGAAAUUAUCAGUGAUUCACAUAGACAUCGAAUUUUCUCGUCAGGCUGUGAUUUCAGUGGGAAAUAUAAUUGCAGGUGCUAUAAGGACGCCUUAGAUUUGAAAACCAUCUGUAAAUAUGAAGAGAAAGGUAGUUCUUUUCAAGAUGAUGUCUCAUAUUUAGAUUUUAUUACGGAUGCAAAUUCUACAGAUCAAUUUCCUUUAAAAACUAGAAAGCGCCAGUAUAAAUCUGCAAUCAAAAGAAAUAUUACCUCAUCACAUUUCAAAAAAUCGAUUGAAAGAGUCAAUUUCAAUAAUCUCUUUCCUGAUUUUGAACAUGAAAAUGACAUAUCACCUACUGAACAUAAUCUUCAUCUUUUUGAUUGUUCAAAGUCUAUAUCAAUUCCUCAUCAACAUGUUCUGUCUCCUAAGCAUUCGAAUUGUUCAAAUAUAGAUGUGUUGAGUAUUUAUUUAACAAAGCAUAUGACUACUGAACUUCCUCAAUUCUGCACAUAUCCUCAUAUAUUGACUAUUCUUUGUCAAUAUAUCAAUAUGAUCCAGUUUAUCAUACAUAUGAAUGAAGAAUAUUCAAUUCAAUACAGUGAUAUAUUAGCGACAUUCAAUAUUAAUAUUUUAACAGAACUAGAAAAUGUCAUUAUUUCGAUUUAUGAAAAGUUUAUUAGGACUAAAGAUAAUUCCCACUUAGUAACUGUGCUAAUAAUUUGUGAAAAUUUAUCGAUUAUAUAUGAUUGUAUAAAAUAUUGUAAACAUUUAAAUCUCCCUCUCAUUAUCAAUAAUAAUAAUCAUAAUAAUUUAUUAUUAAAUUUGAAUAAAUGUUUAAUUCAAUGGUUUAUUUCCAUAGAUUUUAUUCAAUAUUUUUCUUUCAAAAUAACCAUAAUUGAUACACUUGCAUAUCUUAUUCAUAUCAAUCCUCAUUAUUUCUAUAUUGACAAUCAAUGGCAUAAUGAAAUGAAUAAAUUUAUAAUGAAUUUACCAUUUACAAAUGGAUUAUACAUGAACGAUUGUUCAUCUAAUGUAAAUGAUUAUCAUUGUACUAUGGAUACACAAUAUGAUAAUAAUAAUAAUAAUAAUAAUAAUAAUAAUAAUAAUAAUAAUAAUAAUAAUAAUAAUGAUUAUUAUUAUUGUUAUAUGAGUUUAUUUCAUCAACUUCAUCAAUUAGAUAAACAAUUAUUACAUCAUAAUAAACAAAUAAACAAUGAUCUAAUUGUAAAUAAUGAAUUUCCUUAUUUUAUUGUUUUAUUAGAUUGUUUUAUAUCACAAACAAACAUUACUACAUUACUUGUUAAUAAUGAUAAUAAUAAUGAUACUACUACUACUAUUAGUAAUAAUCUACCAAGUAUUUACUGUUUAUUAUUAAAAUUUAUGUAUAUACAUAUCACAUCAAUUUCUUCUAUAUAUUUAUUAAAUGAUCAAUAUGUUCAAUGGAUAUUUGAUCUAUUGUUUAAAUUAUAUUACAUAAUAUCACCAUUCAUUUCGAAUCAUUUCAGUACUCCUCCUCCUCCUCCUUCUCUUCCUACUGCUACUACUAAUAAUAGUAAUAAUAAUACUAAUAGCAAUAAUAAUAAUAAUAAUAAUAAUAAUAAUAAUUAUUAUUAUUAUUAUUAUAUUAUUUAUUCAUUUUUAAUGAAUUUAAUUAAAAAUGAAAAAUUGAAUUUAUUAAAACAAAUUUUCUAUCAAUUUAUAAAUAAUUCAAAAUUUUCUAGAUUAAAAAUAAAAUUUUUCUCUCAAUUAUUGAAGCAAAUACAAUUACAAUUACAAUUGAAUCUAUUAUAUAAUAAUAAUAAUAAUAAUAAUAAUAAUAAUGAGAAUAAUAAUAUUAAUAUUAUUAUCAUAUUAAUGGAUUACAUAAUAAAUGAUGUAAUGAUUCCAAUGAAAGAAAUCAAUUCAAUGGAUUUCAAUGAAUAUGAUUUAAUAUUAGAAUGUUUUAUGAAUUUAAUGAGAUUGAGAAUUCAAUCCAUUCAUUAUAUUAUAAAUGAUUCAUUCAUUAAUAUAAAUAAUUGGAAAGUAUACAAUGAUUUCAUGGAUAAUCUAUUGGGUAUAAAUGAUGUGAAUCAUUCAUAUUACUUGUUAAGAUGUUUAGUUAAUAAUAUUUUAACUGUCCAGUUGAAUCGUCCUUCAACAGUCUCCAGUGAUCACAUUCAAUUAUCGUUAAUACAAGAAUACGAACUAUUACAAAGUCGUUUGAUGUAUUCCACAGCCAGCUUAUUUUUUGAUAUUUUAAAUGAAUCAGAAAAGUUACUACACAUAUCGAAUUCAAAGACUAUUGAAGAAAUCAUAUCAAUUUGGCAAUUAUUAGCUUAUCUUAUAUUAAUCUCUCAUUCAAAUUGGUCAAAUCCACCAAUGAUCAUUCAUUUAAAUCAGAAUUUAUUUCAUCAUUCAUUAAUCAAUGUUCAGAAUUCAAAUAAACAUUCGAAAAAAUCUUUUACUGAACUUGGUAUUUCAUUUAUAAGUAAAGUUAUACAAGUAAAGUUUUAUAUAAAUGAAAACUACAAGGAUCCAAUUACUGAUGUAGUUGAUUUGCGAAAUGUCAAUCAAUUAAGUUCUUUAAUUUUACCGCCAAUGAUUGUUUUACUUGAAAUGAUACCAAAUAUAGCGCCAUUAUUGAAUAAUGGUGAUUCACAUAGUGAUAAUCAUAAUAAGUAUAACAAUUCAAUCGAUCAGUUAUUCACUAUACUAGAAGAUGCUUUUACACAAGUGCAAUUUAUUAGAACAUAUGGUUUUAAUAAUUUUUAUGAGUUCCUUGUACAUUUUAUUCAGUAUACCUUUCAUGAAAAUUCUUUUAUAAACAACAGUACUACUAUUACUACUACUACUGCUACCAAUAAUGAUAAGAUAACAUUAUCUAAUAAAAUGUUCGACGAAAGAUCCCGAUCUUCUUCAUCAUUAACUUCUGAGGAAUCGAUAAAUAAAACAUCAAAUACUUGUACGGAUAAUCAAUAUUUUGAUCAAUCAAAUGAUACAAAUCAAAAGGAUACAAUAUACAAGUAUAAUCCACAAUCAGUACGACUAUUAGUGUUUUCAACAAGAUUAUUUAUUCGAUUAACAUUACAUAAUCUAUCAUUAUUCAAUUGUUGUCUACAUACUAAAUUAUCAUUAUCUAUUAUGAAUAAUGUAAAUGCUUCAAUUAAAUGUGAAAAUCAAUUAUGGUCAAAUUGUCUAUCAAUUAUUAUUGCUCAUUAUUUUAGUAUAUUUAAAUCAGAUAUACAUGGACCACAUUCAAUGGAGGAUAAAUAUUUACAAAUUAAUAUAAAUCAUUUAACUGAGGAGAUUUUAAAAUUAAUGACUAAUUUAUCAAAGUGUUCAAUUAUUCGACUAAGCUGUUUAGAUUUAUUACGAUGUUUCAUGAUACCACAAUAUAUUCGACCAAUUCAAUUUUGUACAGACUAUUCACAACCACUUGGUGUAUUAAGUGUGAAAUCUGUAAAACACUUUAUGCAGCUGAUAUUGAAAGAUUUAAGACAAAUACAAAAUACUGAAGGCAGUAACAGUCUUAACAAAGGUAAUAACCAUAAAUACCAACGCAUUACUACUCAUCAUGAUGAUGACCUUACAGAACAGGAUACGAAGCCUGCUACGCUUCAUGCAAUCAAUAGUAUAUAUCCAUACGUUACAUGUCAAAUGUUCAAUUUACUGAUUGAUUGGAUUCAAACAAAUAAUGUUCUCAUGCCAACCAUAUAUACCAUUUGGCCAAAAUUAUUAAACACUCAUCUCUUAUAUUAUCAACAUGGACAGCUACAUUAUCCUAUUCUACAAUGUACUAAUAUGUGCUCUCAUCAUUAUUCUUAUGCAUUGGCAUUUGAAGAUAAUCAAAAUGAAAUUGAUAAUCACCAAAUUCUAUAUCAAAAACUAUUAAAUUAUAUUUAUCCAUUAUCAACCAUUAUUAAUCACCAGAGUAAUCAAUCAUCUUUGUCUACUUCGUUUAAUUAUACUAUUGAUAAUCAUAGUUUAGGAUUGUCGACUUGGUUUUGUUUACAUGGAAAACAGUUAAAUAAUAUGAAGGUUAAACCUAAGUUCAAUCAAUUAUCUGAAGUGGAUCUAUUUCAAUUUGUACAAUUAAAUCAGUUACAACAUUUCAUCAGUUUGGAUAUACUAUCUUCAUCCUUAUGUCACAAUAAUCAAUCUGGAUAUCAAUCAUCGAUAAAUACCACAAACACAUUACCACCUUGUUCAACUAAUCGUAGUCACCUCUCACUUCAAAUAUGGAUAUCAUCUAUUUAUUCAUGUAUAUAUAUUCGUAUUGUUGAAAUGUCAAUCAAUAAAGAGAAUACAACAUUAGACUAUAAUGAAACAUCUAUAUCAUUGAAGGGGAAUACAAAUGAAAUUGUAUUGCUUAGUGAUUUAUGCUUAGAUUUUCCUAAAGAAUGUAAUAUUUAUGAUGAAUGGAAUCAUUUAUUUUUAUAUAUUGAAUGGAUAAAUUAUUUCAAUGCAAAAGUGUCACUUGUAAUCAAUGGUUGGUUUGAAUCUAUCGGCGAUCUAAUAUUGAUUAACAAAGAGUUUGCCGAUUCACAUAUAAACUGUCAACAUCAGUUUAUGCCUCCUGUGUUGCGUUUUGGUCAUGUAAUUGAUGUAUACUCUUCUUUAGAAUGUAGAAGAAAUACUUUUGAUUUAGGGAAUUUACUUUUGUUUACUGGUUUACCUUCUAGUGUGCAAAAACUUUCAUCAUCAUCUGAUUAUGUCUUCAAAUGCAAAAAGAAAUCUUCAAAACAACAUCAUGAACAAAUGUCACAACAGUCAGAUAAUCAAAAUGAAAAUUAUUUUAACAAUUCAAUUAAAGCAGUCGCUUUAUCACUUAGCCUUUUAGGUCCAUUAUUCAAUGGCUAUUUUGAUUCAAUUGAAUCAAGUGCAUACUAUCGAAAUUCAGCUGAUUGUAUACUUCAUGCAUUUAUACGUAGAUAUGCAUUAAAGGAUUCAACAUUGAAAAGUAAUCAUUAUCAUCCUUAUCAUCAUGACUAUGAUUAUAUCAGUCAAUUAUUAAUAAGAGCUCAUUCUUUAAUCCAUUCAGAAUUUUGGUUAAGAUUCUUAAAAACAUACUGUUCAGAGCAUUUAUUCAUCGUUUUGUUGAGUCAUAAUCUAACUUGUGUACAAUUCAUUUUACCAAAAUCGCUAAUAUCAUUCCAUAGAGCUGAAUAUAAUGAAUCGUUAACAACGGAAGUGAACAACGAUAACAUGCAUGACAUAUACUUGGUAAAUUCCAAUGUUAGCCAACAUUACAAAUCAUUUGAUGAAAAUACAAUACAAAUUGAUUAUUCUCAUUCGUCUAAAAAGCGAUUAUGGUUAUUAAGGAGCAUAUAUUCACCUGAUAACAAUCAAUCAAUAUCUCACUAUGUUAACUAUUAUUAUCGGGAAAGUUUUGAUUCAGUUUUUGAACCCCAUGGAGGUAUUGAAGUGGCAAUUUGCCUUAUUGGUGAACUUGUCUGUCAAUCACACAGUUCUAAUUUGAUUUCAUAUGGACUAAAAUUACUCUUUACAAUGUUGCAUCAUUCUAGUAUAAUGUAUGCAAAAUUUUAUGCACCAGCAUUAUCACAUCCUGGUUUAGAGAAUUCAAUGGAAAGACGACAUAAAAAACUAUGGUUAUUUCAAAAUUGUAAUAAUCAGCUAAAUUGUAAACCAGUUCCAUUAAGUUUUGGACAUUGUCUAUUAGCUCGUCUAUUCAAACAUCCAGAAUUUAAUAUGAUCUCAUCUAAAUCAUAUGAAAUUAUGAAAGUUUUACUAAAUGAAAUCAUAUUGACAUUUCCUGUAAAUAUUUUAUGUAAAAAAUCUAUGAACCAUACAUCAUCCAUUGCACAUUUAUUGAUCAAUCCAAGUUUAUUACGCUGUCUUAUCUUAUUCGGUUCACAAUCAUUCUGGUAUCCUUCAUCGAAACAACAACAACAACAACAACAAUUUGGAUUUGGUACUCAGAAUUCAACUGAUCUUUCUAAAUCAACAAACAAAUCAAUUUUAUUUAAUUAUGGUUUAAUACCUGGAAUAUUUGAAUUAUUAAUGAAUAAUAAUGAAUUGUCAAAUUCAACUAUAAUCAUUAUCAAAUUAUAUAAUUUGUCUAUAUUAGAUAAAUGGCAAUUGAUUAUGGCAAUGUUGACUGGAUUUCGAGAAUUGUUCCUAGAAAAUGAUAAUCAUCAUUCAAUACAAAGAGCAUUAAUGAAUCAUGAACAUUUGAGAUUUAUAACACAGCAGUGGCCAAUUACUUCAUUGAUGAAUUGUCUGAUAAAUCGUCUUUCAUUAUCCGUAGUGACAAAUGAGCCGAGUAAAACUGGAGCAACCUUGGAAUCAAUACAUAGACAGUCAUUGUAUAAUAAUAAUACUGAUUAUAUUCAUUCAUUUUAUUGUGCAAAACGAUUAUGUCUAUUGAAUUUAUGUCGUUUAAUUAUUAAUUUAGAUGCUAAUAUGUAUUUAUCUGCAGCUGAACAAGUAUUUUAUACUAUGUCAGAUUAUAAUAAAGAUCAUGAUGACGAUGAUGAUGAUCCCGAUCAUAAGGGUAAUAUUAAUCAUCAAUUAUUUAUACAUAAUGAUGAGUUAGAAACUAAAGUGUCAACAUCAACAUCACCAUUAUCCAUGUCUACAUCACAAAUAUCAUUAUCAACAUUAGAUAAUGAUUAUUUAUUUUGGCAUAAAAUUACACGAAAGUGUUUAAAUUAUACGGAACGUUUAAAAAUUUGGGAAUACUUAUCAUUUAAUCAUAAUAAAGUGAUAGAUAAUAGUGAUAACAGUACUGAAGGCAAAUGUGAACUUAAUCAAACUUCAUUUGAAAAAAAUUCAUCUAAACUUUUAAUUGAUUCUUCUACAUCAUAUGAUAUAACUCGAAUACAAACACAAAAUUUAAGUAAUACUGAAGAUAAUCAAAUUAAAGCAGCAGAAAUUCAAUCUAAUCACUGUCAAUCAUUGUCAUCAUUAUCAUCAUCUACAUCGAAACAACAACAUCAACAAAAAGAACAAUUGUCAAGUAAUGAAGGAUACCAAUUGAACAUGAUUGAAUCUAUAAAGUAUCCAAUGGUUAUUUCAGAUUCCGGUGUAAGUAUAUCAUCUUUACCGGUUAGUAGUGUUGAUCUAAUAAAUAUAGAAAAGGAUGUAUGUCAUAUAUCUGAAGAUAAUGAAUCUAUUCCUACACAACAUAUUCAAGAAGAAUUAAAUAAUUUCAUUGAAACUGAUUAUACUACUAAUAAAUAUAUAUUAAAUUGUGUUCAAUUACGUAUUGAACAAAAUAGUAUAUUUUCUCAACAUUUAAUUCAUUGUUUAGAUCAUGUUUGGUAUAGACAUUUUCCAAUUGAAUUAUUAUCAAAAGUUUUUUUCAAAGAUAAGCUGAAACGAAAUAUAAUCAAAUUCAAUAACAAUAAUGAGAUGGAUGGAGAGAAGAAGAAGGAGGAGAAGGACGACGUCGACGACGAUGACGAGGAGGAGGAGCAGGGGGAUAAACAUCAAGGAUUUAUUCAUGUUUUCACAAAAAGUAUUUCACAUUCAAAUGAUUGGAAUCUAUAUAAAUUGAAAUCAACUUAUCCUUUAUUAUUAGAUCAUGUUAAUAGUAAUUCAUUAAUUGCAUCACAUUGUUCUACUUCAAUUCGACCACCUUUAUGGUUGAUUUAUAGUUUAAUACGACAUCCAUAUUUAUCUCAACGUGAAUGUGCUCUUACCGGUUACUGUGUUUGGUUACAUUUUGAAGCUAAUAAAUGGGUAAAAAAAUAUGAACAAUUAUCAACAAAUUUCAGUCAAUCUAUUUACUUUGAUUGGUCUAUUCCUGUAACAACAUUACAUCAUCAUCAUCAUCAUCAUCCAACUACUAACAUUACUAAUAAUACUACUAAUACCACACAAUUGCAUAGAAUUAUACCAUAUCAAUUAUCAAGAAUACGUUCAUUUGCUAUCGGAUUAUUAUUACCAACAUUACCAUUUCUAUGUAUAACAAAUUGUAAUUCAGAUAUUGAUCUUAAAACUUAUUAUUCUAAUCGUCAUUUAUGUUCUAAAAAAUUAUUAAAUCGUUCAUUCGGUUUAAUUUUACAUGGAUUAGAGAAAUUUUCAUUCAUGAAUUCUAAUGAAAUAAUAAUAAUGAAUGAAUAUUUUCAGAAAACUAAUUGUUUAUUAGAAUCUUCUUCGCAUGAUGUAACUGGAUUUAUCUCUGAACCAACUUACAUUCAUCAUGCUCAUCAUCAGUGUCAUCAUCACCAUCCUAUUAUCUCUGUCGAAUUUGAAAAUAUUAUCAACAAUGCAAAUAAUAAUUCAAAUGUCAGUAAUGGGAGAUAUGAUCAAUUGCCAGCUAAUAAGAAUGCUACUACUACUACUACUACUACUACUACUACUACUACUACUACUACUACUACUACUACUACUACUACUACCACUACUACUACUGCUACUACCACUUCUACUACUACUAGUACUGCUACUACCACUUCUACUACUACUAGUACUGCUACUACCACUUCUACUGCUACUAGUACUGCUACUGCCACUACUACCAUUACUACUACUACUACUAAUAGUAAUAAUAAUAACAACCGUUGUAAUAAUCCUAAUUUUCAUAAAUAUUAUCUAUUAUCUACAUUUCCAGUGUUAUUUUCAACAUUGAUUGGUAGUUUCAUUGAUGCAUUAAUAAGCUGUAUUGUUAAAUUAAAAAUAAUUAAUCGUACAAAGUUAAAAUCUGAUGAGAAAGAUAAUAAAGAUGAUCAUCACAAAGGAAAUCAUUGUAGUUCUUCUACGGCUACUAUCAAUAAUGAUGAUAAUGAUGCUGAUGAUGAAACCAGUACACCAGAAAUUGAGUUAUGUACUUAUGGUUUAGAUGCUUUCAUUAUUUUAUUACAGGAUUCAGAUAAUUGUGUUCUUAGUUCAGCUAUCAAAUCUAAUUUAUUACCAGUAUUAUACAAUAUGGCUUGGUUAUUGGAAUUUGGCAUCCAUGAAGCUAAUUCAUUAUUACAUAUGCAUAAUAAUGAUUAUCAUAACACUAAUAGACCAAUGUCUAUUAUUCCAUCUCUCUUAAUGCCUAUUUUCACUAGUUUAAAUCGUUUAAUUGGUCGUGUAAUUAGUUGGAUGAUAAUCGAUGAAAAAUUCAGUAAUGAAUUAAUUCCUUCAUCUUGUCCUGUAUUUCAUUAUUCAUUGGAUACAUCAUUACGAUUUCAAUUGAUAAGAACUUUUCUACAAUAUUUAAUUUCAAUGAAACCUGAUUUAAAUAAUGAAGAUUAUGAUGGUUAUGUUGUAAAUUUGGAAUCAGAAGUACAGUUGAAUCCUGGACCAGUUAGUCGAUGUCUUGUUCGGCGAGUUUUACAUAGUCUUUUAGAAACUUCAAUUAGUCAGUUAGAUCGAAUUGGAGAAGAACUUAACAAAUCAGUAGCCUUUAGUCAACAAAAUAUAGGUAAACAACAAGAAAAUGAUAUACAAACAGCUACUGAAGAUGGGAAUGUUAAGUAUCUUUGUGAAAAUUUAAAAUUACAUUAUAAUCAUUUAGUAUGGAUAUUAAAUUGUAUUGUAAAUGUACUGAUUUAUUCACCUUAUCGAGAUGAACAAAUGAUUAAUAUCCUGAAUCAGUUAAAUUCAAUGCCUGAAACAUCCAAGCACAAAAAUACAACCAUUUCUCCAGUUCCUGUAAGAAUACAAAGUUUUCAUGUUGAUUUGGGGGAAGAGAUUGAUGUAGAUCAAAAUAUGAAUCAAGCUUGCACUACUCCUUCUACGCCUAAUCAACAUCAUCAUGAUCUUGGUGAUAGAAAACAAACUUCAUGUGAUCUGUCGAAAUACUGUUUCCAUCAUGACAACAACAAGAACUCUAGAUGUGAGAUAAUGAGAGAGAGACAUUUGUUAUUUUCAAAGCAUAAGAGUUUAUUUUUAUGCAUGCAUCAAAGUUUGGAACAAGCUAUUAUCACUUCAAUGUUUACUACAGCACAACAUAUUCAGAGUGGUAAUUUACUAAAAAUUCCAAAUAUUUCAAAUUAUAUAACAACGAAUGAUUUUAUGAAUUUAUACAAUAAAGCACUUGGUCGAAUUCUUGUUUCACGUAUACAAUUACCAGAAAUUGAUGUAGCUGUCGAUUUGUUAGUUACCUAUUUAUUAAAACUAUUUAAUGAAGACUCUUAUUUGUUAAAUUCAUGUUUAGCAGCCCUGCCACCAAUGUAUUCCCCUACAUUUUGGAAUAAUCUAAUCGCUAUAAAAUAUUGGUUACAUCAAAAUCUAUCAAUAUGGUUCAUAUAUAUAUCAUCCAAUACAUUAAAUAUUCAUCAUAAUGUAAAUCAUGAUUUAUUAUUCAACUUAACAACUAAUAAUGAAACGAAUAUGAUAUCUAAUUAUUAUAUAAAUCAACAAUUAACUCAACUAUAUACAAUUAUUGAAAUGAUACUUAUCAAUAAUCAUAUUAUCAGUGAUAAAUCAAUACAAAAUUUACCAUCUAUAUUAUUAUCACCUUGGAUACAAGAGAAAUUCAAUCAUGUUACACCAUCUGAAUUGUAUACAUAUCAUGAUAUAAUUAAAAUUGAAUAUAAAAAACUUGGUGAACAAUGGAAAUUAUCACUGCCUGAUUUAAACAAAUUGAUACAUUUAAAAUUAUCUACAAAUAAUAAAAGUGUAUCUAUGGUUCAUGAUAAAAAGUCAAUACUUGUUCAAUUGAUACAAAUGUUUUGGCCAAAAUCAACUAAUAACAAACUAACAAAUAAUGAAAAUCUCUUCUCAUCAUUGAAUGCUUCAUCGAAAAAAUAUUUACCAAGAAAAUUUCCUAUUACACAAUUGUGUAGUCAAGCACGUAAACAAUGCGUUGAUGGUCAUAAUGCAUGGUUAGAUGCUUAUAGUGAACGUAAACGUAUUGUAGGCCCAUUGGGUACUGUACUUUGGGCUCGUGUAGCUGAGCAUUUAAGUCAUAGCAGAGGAUUAUUUUAUCAUUCGGAAUCUACUCCAUUUGGUUGGUGUGUUGAUCCUGUAGAAGAUUCAUUACGUCAACAUGGUCGAUUUUAUUAUACACAUUUACCAAUGGCUGAACGUUUAAUACAUACAACUUCACGAUCGAAUCUAUUAUCCGCGCGUCAAUCACAUCCACUUGCCUCGUUAAUUGGUUUACCAUCAAUCAUGAAUCAUUCUCAACCUGUAAUUGGUGCAGCUUGUACAUGGCAUAAUUUACCAUUAUGUUUACCAUUAUCAUCUAUUCCAUUAAUACAAUUAGCAUCAGCUAGCCGAUAUCAUAUUCAAGCUGUUUGGGCAUGUCGUUUAGUUGGUAUUCUACAUAUUCCACCUAUUGAAGGUGAUUUAAUACUUGGUCAAACAUGGUUAAGAUUUCAACCUGAUCCAUUAAUGAAUAGAAAUUUAUUGAUGAAUGAUGAUUGUAAUAAUAAUGACAGUAAGAAUGUGCAAUUUAUUGAGAUUGAAUCAUUGUAUCCUUAUCAAAGUCCUUCUAAUCGAUUAUGGUUUGCAUGGUCUUUCAAAUCAAUUCAUCAUAUUGAAGCACGUCGAUAUUCAUUACGUGAUAUUGCAGUAGAAAUAUUUCCCGAUGAAACAGAUGUGAAUGCACCAAUGCUUUUUGCUAUGUAUUCUUCUAAAGACAGGGAUAAUUUUAUCGAAACUAUCACUCCUUUAAUUGGUCAUCAUUCAUGUUAUUGUAUUCAUCAUUAUCAUAAUCGAUUAUUAGUGAAUACAAAUGAACAAUCUGAAAUAUCUAAUCCUCUUUCAUCGAAUGGUCACCAUCAUCACUAUCAUCAUUCUACUUUUAAACAAUUAAAAAAAUGUAAAUUACAAAAUGUACAACAAGCAUGGUUAAAUGGUGAAUUAUCAAAUUUUGAUUAUUUAAUGAAAUUAAACACAACUGCUGGUCGAAGUUAUAAUGAUUUAAUGCAAUAUCCUAUAUUUCCAUGGAUUAUACGUGAUUAUGAAAGUCUUGUGUUAGACUUAACCCAACCAACUUCAUUCCGACGAUUAGAUCGUCCAAUAGCUGUACAAGAAGACGAUAGAGCUGAAGCUGUAGCAGCACGAUUCAAUGAAGCUGAAUUACUAUCCAAAACAUCAUCUACAUCACAUCCAGAAGCAUCGGGAAUAAAAUCAAAAACGUCUACUUUAUCGAAUUUAAGUAGUGUUUGUCCACCAUAUCAUUAUCCAGCGCAUUGUUCAAAUGAAGCAAUUGUGUUACAUUUUCUUGUUCGUUUACCCCCAUACACUUUUCGUCAUUUACGUUUUCAAGAUAAUAAUUUCGAUGUACCCGAUCGUUUAUUUCAUUCAAUUGCAACAACAUGGCGUUUAGCUACUACUUCUGUUUCAUGUGUUAAAGAAUUAGUACCAGAAUUUUAUUUUCAACCAGAAAUGUUUAUUAAUCGAAGUGGAUUGAAAUUAGGCUGUCGACAACCAGGUGAUAGUGUAGAUAAUGUUGAGUUACCACCUUGGUGUAAAAAUGAUCCACGUUUAUUCACAUUAAUUUGUCGUGCUGCAUUAGAAAGUGAUUAUGUAUCAAUGAAUUUAUCAUAUUGGAUUGAUUUAUUAUUUGGUUAUAAACAAUCUGGACAAAAUGCUAAAGAUUCUUUGAAUCUAUAUCAUCCAUAUACAUAUUUUGGCUCAAUCAAUGUGGAUACAAUAGACGAUCCUAUUUUAGCACAAGCAAUUGAAGGUAUGAUUAAUAAUUAUGGUCAAACACCGAAACAAUUAUUUCACAAACAUCCUCAUCCAUGUCGUAAAUUGCCGAUUUCUAAUGAAGCCAGACUGAAUAUGACGUCAAAAUUUAAAAGUAAAUCCACUGGUACAAUGUAUAUGAUGACGAGUCAAGAGGACGUUGGAGAUAGACGUUCUUCUACACCCGCAUUAUUUAACUGUAAAUAUAUCAAUGAUGACGAUAAGAAUUCAUUACAAGCGGCAACGUUUUCUGUGAGUGGAAAGCAAUACUCAUCAGUUAAACUGGACAACACACCGUUAGAAACUGUGAUUGGAUUAAAAUGGGGUGAAUGGGCAGGUAGUCCACAGGUGAACUCUUUUGAAAUAAUUUGGAAGAAACAGUUCAUCAAUACAAAGUUAUCAGUAUCGAGAAGUACAAAGAAUUCACUGGAACAUUCUGAAAUAUUAAAAAUACCAUUUCUUAGUCAUUUAACCGGUUCUAUAUGGUGUGAAUUCAAUACGAAAGAUACUCAUUUACUUCAUUGUAUGAAUCAACUAAACAAUAUCUCUUCAAUAAAUAAUGAUAAAUUAUAUCAUUCUUGGAAUGGUUGGGUUGAUUUCAACAUUGAUCAUGAAAUAGGUGAAUGUUUCUUGUCAUCAUCAUCAUCGUUCACAACAGAUGUUCAUACUGAUUGUUCAUGGUAUUGGAAAAUUCUUCACUGUGAAUCAAAUGCAUGUAUAUGGGUAUCGUUAUUACUAGACAUUAGUAAUUUACAAGAUCAAUUGUAUCCUGUACCAUAUUUAAUAAAAUUGAAACCAUCUUUACUAGACAAUAGAACUUUAAAUAUUUUUAUAAAACGUUUACCCAAAGAAUCAUAUAGUACUUGUAAUGCUUCUUCUAAUUAUCCUUAUGACGAACCUUUUGGAACUACUGAUUCCUCUCCAUCAGAACUACAUCGUCAUCAUCAACAUAAUGAUGAGAUAAACUUACAAUUACCAUAUUCAAAUCCUCUUCCAUUCGGUACUGGGAAAUCUUUAAUUACUUCAUUAUCUAUUUCACCUAGUUCAAGUCAUGGUAUUCAAUUAUUUGUUGGUACCUGUUUUGGAUCAAUAUAUGUAAGACAAUUGCCUACAAAUUUAUAUGAUAUUUCAUCCAUUGACAGUUGGUUACCACAAGAUUAUCAAGGAGAAUCAUUAUUAAAUGAAGAUAAACCAAAUUGUACAGCAAAUAUUCAUAAACGAUCAAGAAAAGAAUCAACAAAACGAAACAUGAAACAUUCAAAACUGACUAUUACUACUACUACUACUACUACCCCGAUGAAUCCUACUCAAACUCUUAAUCAUUCUAUUCAUGAUGAGAAUAAUAAUAAUAAAGAAACCGCUGGUUUAUGGGAAAUUACCGGUUGGAAACAAUUAUAUGGUCAUGCUGGACAUGAAAUCACUAGUUUAGUAAUUAAUCGUAAUAAUAGUUUAAUUGCUAGUGGUGAUAAUCAAGGUUAUGUAUGUUUAUGGGAUAGAUAUCUCUUAACAUUAAUUAAAACAAUUAAUACUAAUAUUAUUAAUGAUCAUGAUUAUCAACAAAAUGAAUUCGGUGAUAGUUCAAAUAGUAGUCAAAGUCAUAGUAUCACUACUACUAAUACCGGUCAGGAUUACCAUAGCAUUCAUGAUUUGAAACAACCCCGUAGACGAUAUUCCUCUAAUCAUCUUACUGUGGAGAAUCCCAUACAUAAAAGUAAUGAAGAUAUACAAAUGAAGAAAAAGAAGUCUAUUUUAAGUAGUAGUAGUAGUAGCAGUAGUACUUCAACAGCUGAUUUUAUAAAUAUCAAUGAUGAUUCAGUAUUAUUGAAUAAUUUUAAACGUAUUGAUGGAAUAUGCUUCAAUUUAACAUCCGGUGAAUUAGUUGUAGCCAAAUGGAAUCAUCCUAAUUUUAAUGUCUGUUGGCUUGGUUUAUAUUCUUGUUCUGGAGUUUGGAUAGCUAAUCGUAUUUUAGAUUUUCUAGCUGAAAUCAAUGAUCCAUUAAUAGAUUCACCUUUAUUACAAAUCUAUGAUGAUAAUUAUCAUCCUUUAGUUCCUAUGGCAUUUUCAACUGUAUCUGAAGGUCGAGGUGUGAAUUGUUUAUUAGUUGGUGGUCCAGGUGGUCGAUUAGUUUGGUUGAAUUCAUGGACAUUGGAUACAAUACGAACAUAUAUGCUCCCAGAUAAUGAUGAAAAUGCACGUAUAACAUCAGUUUGCUUCGGACCAUUGUUGAAUACUACUACUACUACUACUACUACUACUACUACUACUACUACUACUACUACUACUACUACUACUACUACUACUACUAAUAAUAAUAAUAAUAAUAAUAAUAAUAAUAAUAAUAAUAAUAAUAAUAAUAAUAAUAAUAAUAAUGUGAAUUAUCAUACAAAUUCAAAAGAUUUAGGUGAAAUUUUAUGUCAAGGUUUAUAUGUAACUGUUCAAACAGGUUGUUUAUAUCAUUUCGGUCCUAAAUCUAUACAAACAUGUCCUACUAUAGAUCAAUUAAAUAAUGAUAACUAUUCAUCUUAUUCAACUAAUGAACUGCAUAAACAUUCUAUUGUACAUUGGUUAGAUACAUAAUGACUAUGUAUUUAUUUUUAUAUGAUUGUUGUUUAGAAUGAUCUUAAAGAUUUUUAUUUUAACGAACUUCCUUUUUUAUCUGUAAAUUUUUUCUCUUUUGAUAAAUACAUAUACGUUCUAUUGUAUCA